AUCUUUUCUUCUUUCUGAGAACCAAAACUGGAUUGGUUUGAGGACGUCAAUUAUGAAGCUGACCUGCAUGUUCUCCUUCAUCCUGCUGUUCGGGGCAGCUGGUCUCGUUGUGUUCAUCCACCUGCAGGAUCCAGAAGUAAUUGUCCAUCAGCAAACACCAGGACUAAGAUAUAACAUGGAACCUCAGCAACCCAAAAAAGACUGCACACCCAGCAACCGUCAGAAUGGGAAAAUACAAGGGAAUGCGGUAGCUGAAUUCCCAAUUGUAAACCAGAGGACUUCAUUAAACCCAGUGCCAAAUGGACCGACCAAGCAUCAAAGUGCAGAUAUCAAGCAAAACAUGCUGUUUGUUAUUAAAGACCAUCAGAAAAAAGGUGCAGGAACCUAUUCUGCUAGGAGUCAUAAGCGAAAGAGGAGAUUUGUCAUCAAGAAGAGCCCUGUCCUUAUUGCCAUAAAUGGCUCUUUUCCCAACUUGUCCAUUCUGAAAUCGGAGGAUAGAAAUGACGUCAAAUGGAAAAGCCUAUAUGAGACCCAAAGGGAGAGAAAGCGAAUCAUGAGAGAGACGUGCUCCAAAUAUAAAAGCAACAGCAAAAGAAUCAUCACGCCGUAUCAUGUUUCCAGGAUAUUCGUUGAAGAUAAAUACCGAAUUCUGUACUGUGAAGUUCCCAAAGCUGGUUGCUCCAACUGGAAGAGGGUACUCAUGGUUCUUAAUGGACUAGCCUCUUCCACCAGAGUUAUUCAACACAACACAGUGCAUUAUGGGAAUUACUUAAAAAGGUUGGAUGCUUUUGACCACAAAGGAAUCAACCAUAGGCUCAACACUUACACGAAAAUGCUCUUUGUCCGCGAACCUUUUGAAAAGUUGGUUUCUGCGUUUCGAGACAAGUUUGAGCACCCCAACAAUUAUUACCACCCAGUUUUUGGCAGACCCAUCAUUUCAAGGUACCGAGUCAAUGCCACCAAAGAAGCAUUGAGGACAGGUUCUGGGGUGAAAUUUAAAGAGUUCAUUCAGUACCUUCUAGAUGUGCACCGGCCUGUGGGGAUGGACAUCCACUGGGAUCACGUGAACAGACUCUGUAGCCCAUGUUUGAUAGACUAUGAUUUUAUAGGCAAAUUUGAAACCAUGGAAGAAGAUGCCAACUUCUUCCUGCAUUUAAUUAACGCUCCACAAAAUUUGACUUUUCCUAGGUUUAAAGACAGGCAUUCUAAUGAAGAGCGAACAACCACGCAAAUUAUGCAGCAAUAUUUCACGCAGCUUUCUCCUGCUCAAAGGCAACGCAGCUACGAUUUCUAUUAUAUGGAUUAUCUGAUGUUUAACUACUCCAAGCCUUUUGAAGACCUCUACUAA